AUGGAGGGGUCGCUCCCCACCUGGAGCCGGAGUGAUAAACAUGAUUGCAGGGAGGAUAACAGGAGGCGGAGAUUCAAACUUGGCAAGGAAAAGCUACGCAUGUUCUCUCAGGAUCUGCGUGUCACGCCCCAUGAUGAUGCUCUAGUAAUAAUAUGUGACAUAGCUAAUUUUGAUGUCAAGAGUGUGUUAGUUAAUGGAGGAAGCGCAGCAAAUGUACUUACAUGGGAUGUUUUCUUGGGCUUAAAAGAUCUCUCCGGACAAGUUGAAACUAGUAACCAUCCCCUACAAGGCUUUGGAAGGGCCAUGGUAAUUCCGGAAGGAACCGUGGAGCUUUCUGUCAUGCUCAGCACAGGUCCGACCACUAUGCCAGCAAUUGCUCAACACCACCUCGAUGUCUUACCCGGAACUAAACUAGUGAAGCAGAAGAAAAGGAACUUCGUCCCCGAAAGCCAGGAAGUAGCAAAAGCGGAGGUGGAUAAGCUACUGCAAGCUAGUUUUAUUCGAGAGGUACAGUACCUUGAGUGGUUGGCCAACAUCGUGCUAGUGAGGAAGUCAAACGGAAAAAUGGAGCAUGUUUGUAGAUUACAUCGGGGUCAACAAAGCAUGCCCAAAGGACUCAUGGCCACUCCUUCGGAUAGACUACCUGGUAGAUGCCACGUCAGAGGAACUGAGGUAAACCUUGACAAGAUACAGGUAAUACUGGAAAUGAAGAGCCCCACUAUUAAGAAAGAGGUUGAGCGGCUGACAGGACGCGUGGCGGCCCUCAAUCGCUUUAUGAGUCGGGCGACAAAUAAGUGCUACGACUUCUUUAGAGCUAUAGGAGGCUCCACCAAUUUCGAGUGGACUCAAGAGUGCGAAGAAUCACUAGAAUCCUUAAAGAAGUCACUAUAG